UACGGUUGAAACUACGUCACUAAAUAGCGGACUGAUAUAGAAAAUGCUCCUAGAUUGGUAACCAAUCAAUUUGCCGAGAAAAUAAUGCCGAUAUUUAUGGAGAAUUUCUCUGUAGGACUAAAUUAUACUUAAGACGGAUUCGCAACAAGUUGUGACGGGCUGAGUAUUGAAUUAAGACGCAGCUUUGGGAUAGUGUAAUGAAAUAGUGGAAGUUAAAAAUAUAAAAAAAAACCUGAUAGAAUGACUGAAUGAAGAACAUUCUCUGAUUGACUGCUGUAGAGAUUUGUAUUAGUAUUAAGUGGUACAGUGUUUUUUUUUAAAUAACAAAUCAAUCCAAAUAAUGGUUUGAAUAGGAAAAAUGUAAGACUUAACGUAUGAAUGAGUGUGUAAAAUUAUUUGAUUUAUUUAUAUGAGAGAUGAUGAGCGUUGUUGUUCUAUUUUAAAUUGACGCUCUUUGUCUUUGCGCGAUGACGGAAUGUCAAGUGUAUCUACACGUGGAACCACCUGACAGCUGUGGAUUCUUUUGUGAUAAUCUUUACGCCGACGAUGGCGCGGUUAUGCGGCGGCAUAGUAUGCCACCUAGUCCAUUCAGACUUUCCCUGUCCUCUAACGACAUUCGAAACCCAGAAGUUCUUCGUCGGGUUCGUUCAUUUAAAACAACCACAAAGGGAGUGGUGAACAGCGGAGACAUUUUACGUAAACGCGGAUCUAUGAGUUUAACCCCCACUUCAGGACUGACAGUAACGUCGUCAGAUUUAGACUUGACGGCGUCAAAGCCGCCUGGGAUGGGAAGGGCCAGAUUACCGAGCACAACGUCCCAGGGUAGUAGUGCUGAGUACAGUUUCGCUUCAUCAGGGGCACCUUCUUAUUACCGGAUUUUAGUGCUCGGUUCUUCGGGUGUCGGAAAAUCAGCGCUCAUUAACCAGUUUAUGUCUUCAGAUAACAAUACAACAGAUGACCCGUCCGGUGUUGACAACACUGUUUCUGUGAUGUUGGAUGAUGAGGAAUCAUUACUUGAGUUCUGCAACUUUCCUGAUGAACAGGUAUACACUGCUUUGCACAUAUAUUAUAUUACAAUUUUUUUUUUCAGUCUAUGAGCGAACCACAUUUCUACAUUUCUGUGAUUAAACACCUGAUGUAAUUUCGUCUUGUUCAUGUUGAAAAUAAAUUCUGUUUGCACUUUAACAAAAAGUGUACAAAUGUGCUUGUAACAAAAACAUAUAUUUUACUUGCCUAGUGUAAAAUAGAGAAGAGAGAAGAACGAAUUCCCUAAAGAAAGUCCAACACGACAAACUUUAAACUGUUGCAGACACGGUUUGAUUGAGCCUCUUCAUGGACUGUACUGUCAAGUGCAAACUAUCGUCCAAGCCCCUCUAGCACUGACUGAAGUCUAUUUUUAUAUAUGCUAUAUAAUAUUAUGCUCUUUUACUCUACAGUAUUAUGAUACUGUAUUAACUUCACAACAGAAACACAUGUUAUAAAAGCAGGUCUUACUUUUUGUAUUUCUAUAUCACAAAAUGACAAUGUUCAUUGAUCAUGAAAACAUAUUCUUUCAUCAUAUUUCUAAGCAAAUU